GACACAAGUCACAAGUGAUACGUCCGUGGCGAUUGAAGGUCGUCUAAAAAGGUUUUAUUAAAAAUGCACUUGUGACUGUGAAUAUAUAAAAUGGGUGUUUUUAAAUACAUAACUGUGUUAUUUAUAUUGAUUGAGUGUGUACUGUGCAAAAACAGAACGGGAACACCAUGUAGCGAAGAUGACUUGACUGGUGUUUGCAAAAGGAUAUAUCAAUGUCCAUACGCUGUGAACUUAGUCGACGGUGAAGAAAAGAAAGCUCCUACAUGUGCGUUCGAUGGCUUGGUCAGAAUUGUAUGCUGCCCUUCUCAAAAUCUCCUUUACCGGACGGGUGUUUUGAAGGAUUACUUCAAGGGAUCGAACGAUGGAGUCAUCAGAUCAAAGGAUAUGACCUGCCGUUACGAAGGCAAGCAGCCAGUUCUCUGCUGUCAGAACACACCAGACAUACCAGACCCACCAGAACCAAAACAAUGUCCUCCACUGUCGCAACCGAAGUUAAAAACAAAGGUUCAACAUUUCGCUUGGCAAAAAUGUGUGAACUACCAACGAUACUUCAACAAAUGCAUCUCGAUGAACGACCAUCCGAACAGUUUCGAAAGAAUAAACACUUGCGGUAUACCGAAUAACAAUACAGUGUUCAGAAUCUUUGGCGGUACCCCAGCUGUGCCCAAACAAUUCCCACAUAUGGCUGUUGUCGGCUGUCACAAUUCGAUCUACACCGAAGAUGUGGACGUUAUUUGGGUGGGAGGAGGAUCGCUGAUCAGUGAGAAGUUUAUACUAACUGCUGCGCACGUUUUGGUAGAAAAUUUGCACGGCCGCAUUCGUUACGCGAUGAUGGGAACUCUGAACAAAACUGACACAAAAUCAGGCAUUCUCUACAAUGUUAUAAGGAUAAUAAACCACAAAGCUUAUCAAAAAGGGGCAAAGUUUCACGACAUAGCUCUCUUGGAACUCAACGAGAGGGUGAAGUUCAACGAAUUCAUUCGGCCAGCUUGCUUGCCGGUACCUGGACGAGAGCUGGAAAAGGGGUUGAGCAUAGCCGGAUGGGGAGAAACGGAUGACAGGGGGAAAGGAUCAGAAGUCCUGCUUACUGCAAGUGUUAAUGAGGUUAGACAUAUUUGCGAAAACAGAUUCGACAGCGGCACUUUUACACCGGAGUCUAUGAUAUGCGCUUCAGGGGACGUUGGGACGAACUCAAGUGACGCCUGCAAGGGUGACAGUGGAGGUCCUUUGAUGGCCAAAUUCACAAAUCUGAACUGCUCCUACUCGAUAGAGGGGGUCGUGUCCUAUGGACCACGGUGUGGACAAAGCGUCGGCGUAUACACUCGUGUGUCGUAUUAUUUAGACUGGAUAGUAGAAAAUGUCUGGCCAGAGGAAUUCCGGGCUUAUAAAGAGAUGAUUAAAAAUAAAUAAUCAAAAUGAA